GAAUCCUGCUGGUUGUCUUAGGGAUAGCUUAGAUCAGGUUGUUCAAAGUGCACGUAGUUUACAUGAGACGGUAAAUCUAAGUGCCGAAGGCUUGAGUGGUAAUCUAAGGAGUGCUAGUCGGGUCUCUCAGGGUAUAGAUAGUCAACAAAUUGUACACUUUGGAAUUCGGGGAACCAAUGACACUGUUUAUGACAUGAAUCAAGUGUAUCAGGGCAUGGUAGGGGACCAGGGUUUUAUUGCCUUUGCACAAGACACAGAUGUCCAGGUAAACAGGAAGCCUGAGAUUGCUGAAGGGAGAAAAAGGGUAGAUCCUAGAAAUCCUGACACUACAAGGAACCCAGAUAGUGGUGGAAGUAGCUCAGGUGUAGGUUCUGGAAAGCCAGUCACUUUAUUGCAUACUGGAAUGGCUCCAGGAAUUUCCAGCAUGAAAAGGAGUUGUGAAGAUAGACAAUUAACUGUAGAAGAACAAAGGCAGAAAAUUCUAAAAACGAUAGCAAAUCAAUCAUUAAUUGCUUUCAGAAGUGAUGAUAGUGAUACUGAGGUAGGAAGUAGUCCAGAUUCGACUUCUGAAUACUCUUCCGAAUCUACAGUGAAGUAUGUAGGAACUGCUGGUAGCAAAACAGUACUUCCAAUGGCCUCAUCAGUACCAAAGGUGCUAGGUAAUCCAAAUCCAAGUUAUCAUUUAGGAUUUGUGAGCAAUGGGUGUUCAAAAGUAAAUUACUUAGGGUCUGUCAUAGGUCUAGAAACAGAUGAUGAAAGUUCUCCAAGCAGCAGUAAAAGUCCUCCACUAGAACAUUCAGUUUCUCCAGUCAUUCCCAGUACAGAAGAUUCCAGUAGAAGAUUAUUCCCUCCUCCCCCUGCUCCUGUUAGUUAUCAAAGUGGUCCUAUUUAUUACGCCACCUUCCAUUCCACGCCUCAGGCAGCAGCAAUUAAUCCAACAUUCCAGUUUCCAAUGGCUACAGUUGGUCGGAACAUUUUAAGUACCGGAGAUUCCUUGCAGUCUGCAAGCAUGAAAAUAUUUAGCAAUACCUCGCUUAGCUCUCGCUUAAGGUCUGUAGACCAGUCAGAUAUGAAUCUUUACUAUGAACAAAUGAAAGACAAAAUUGAAAUGCCACCAGAUUUUUAUUCUUGUUCAGUUAAACAGCCGGAUAAUGCUGCUGAUGGAGAUCCACAGAGCAGUGAAGAUACUAGUUUACAAGAAGAUUCUGACACUGACACUAUAGUCUACUCUCCAUCAAAGGGAACUGAUGAUGCUGAUCAUGCUGUUCAUGAGAGUCGUGAUACUGCGCAACCUGCUGAGGGAGAAACAGGAGAAGGAAUCACAUCAAUACCAUUAGAUACUGCCAGCAAAUCUUGGAGUACCCAUCCCUCUGGUACUAUAGGCUCCCCUUCUGUUCUCACUGAUGGAACACAACAUGCUUUGAGAGAGACAUGUAGCACAUUACAGGGUACUGGUGCUGGUACUGGUGAAGGCAUUUCAUCCAUCCCAUUGGAUACACAUGGUUCUAGCAAAAGUAAGUCACAGAGCUUGGCAACAUCAGCUCCAUCCUCAGAUUCCACCUCUUCCUCCACAACUACUUCAGGUGAGCCUUGGACGGCUAGGGUUGCAAUUGCACAGAAGUUCAGGAUUAUUUGUGGUGGUUUAGCUAGCAUGACGCAUUUAGGUAAUAUCAAUGCUUUAGCAGCAAAUGCAGAUGAGGAUUCAGAUGAGACAGAAUCAGAGGAGUCGUCUAGACCAAGAGAUGGAUCUAAAUGUAGACUGAGGACCUUCAGUAACGAUGAAACAAUUGAUGAGGAAAUUGGAUCUAUACAGAGUGAAGAAGUCACAGGUAAUGAAGCUGAGAUCUUUAAAGAUGAUGAUGACGUAUGUGGAAGUGUUCUUCCAUAUCAACAGAUGGUUCAGAUCACAUCUCCUCCAUACAACCCUUCAGCAUCGUUUAUAUCGGAUUAUCCUCAGUUCAACAACCAGACCUUUAUGUCUGAAAAUGCGUUGUAUCUUUCUCCACAAUCUACAUUACAAAAUUAUUGCCAAAUAACAUCUCCCCAGAGUUUUGAAGAAAUAACUGUAUUUUAUCAGCCUACCCUUGCAUCAGCCACAACCCCCAUUAAGCAGGUUAGUCAUUCAAGUACGAGCUCAAAACUGGGCCAGAUGAGCCAUGACUCAGGUAAAUCAGAUGACCAUUUGAAACUGGAGUCAUCUGGAAGUACAGAAGAGACCAGUGGUGAUGACAAACAUGCCUCUUGGGAACCAAAGAUCAAUAAAGCCAUAACAGCAAGAAUCAAUCUUCUUGAAGACCUUGUUUACAGGUGCCUUGAAAAUGAAGAUGCUGCUCUGUAUGAGAUGGAAUCUACUGAGGAAGAAGGUGCUGCUGCACCUGUCACAUCUUUAUCCAGAGCUGGCUCAAGCUCUCGUGUAGAUGUGAGUCGAAGUGAACUGCGAAACUUGAUUAGUGAUUUAGAAGGCAUUGUCAGCAGCAUGAAUGAACGCAGUAGGACACUUAGCGCUGACAAUGUUGCCAAGUUCUUUGAAAAGACUGCAAGCGUGGUUGGAGACCAUGGUUCUUCUUCCUCCUCCUCAGUGCAUUCUAAGGAAGAGGCAGCAGACAUCAAGAAAUCAGCUUCCUUUGGCAAAAGUUUACGUUCUCAUUCAAUGAUAGAAAUUGAGAAAGCCCUUAGUGAGGGAGAGGACAGCAGCAGCAGUGGGCGAGAGAGUGUAGCUGAUGUCUUCCAACCAGAGGACCAAAUUCACAUUAAGCCAUCGAUCUUGAAGCGAAUUGAUCAUUUGGAAGAGAUAAUGAGUAGAUGCCUAGAAAAUGAAGAUGUCACCAUGAACACUCUUGGCUCAGGUAUAUUGUCACCUUCCUCGUCACAAAAGGAGGUGCCAAAGGAACAGCAUCACACUUCAAAGGUCGAGCUAAAAGAUCUGAUAGGUGAUCUUGGUUCCUUAGUUUCUAACCUUGGACAGAGAUUCAAUCCAGAUCAGAAGUAGAUUUGUUUGUGAAAACACCCUUUGUGAAUUUGUAGAACAUUUAAGGUCAGGGGAAAACAACUGGCUUAUUCCUUGAAAGAGGGUAGUUUGCAAGGAUACUCGUUCGUAUUUCAGAAAAAAAUAACAAACAUUAGGAACAUGAUCUUGCAGUUACAGUAAUUUAAAAAACACUUUUAAUAACCUUACAGUAAUGUUUUUAUUUAUUUAAAGUUGCAAUUUAGUUUCAAGAGUGACAAAAUGUUAUGGGAUUUAUAGGUGGUGUUAGGCAGAAUUUCAAUGUUGCUCUAAUUUCUAUGCUGUCUUGGUGUACAGCGCUUUCAUAUUACAUUAUCAGUCAGUCACUAGGCCCCAGCUAAAGUGUAUGAUUUUAUUCUACUGAUAGUUUUCCAGACCUUUGCUUUUCAUGAUGUGAGUUGUAUUGAGAGGGCUAUAUGAGCAAGUCAAACAUCAUAAAUCUCUGAGUCAUUCAGUUUGAAUUCAUAAGCAGAGAUUUUUCAAUUCAUAAAUUACUGGAAUACAAGUGCUUGGCUUUCAUAUUCACUCCUAGCUGUACUGAUCAUGAUACUUUGAGUGGAUUGUCAUAAAGCUUGAACCCAUCGUUAGCUACAAUUUCGAUAUUGCUGGUUGAACUUGAUUGUUUAGGCUAGGAAAACCGAAUAAGACCUCUUGAUUUCCCGUGAAAUAUCCAGUUUUAUAUUUAAUGAUAAUGGGGACCUCCCCCCAACGUAGGUUGUGUUUAAUUUGCUUUCAGAAGUAUUGAUGGAACAUAUAUAAACAUGCUGUAAUAAACACAGAUAGAACGAGUGGAUUAACAUAUAUGGCAUUGUAGUACAGUACAGGAAUUCAGCAUUGGGACUAUGAAUGGGUGGAUCUUCAGAUCGUAUGGUGUUUAUGUUCUCAGCCACUGUGAUAUAUUGACGAAAUCUCAGUCCUAUAGCCUUCUGAGAUGUGUGAAGAUGUGACAGUCUGUGUGGACAUACAAAAUUAACGCUAAUUUUAGUCUAGUAAUUAUCGUGUAUCAACUAGGCUUAGAGUGACUAACACUUUUAACUUAGUUUCUUUAGUAGUGUGUUUUAAUUUAAGCUUAGAAUUCAUAAUGUUUGUUAAACCCAGAAAGCUAUCGCUCUCUGAUGGACGUAACUCAUUUUGCUUGUAGUUUCAAGGGCAAAAUUAUUUAGUUUUUAUAUAGAUUUUUUUAGAGUGCGUAACUCGCAUCAUCAUUCCUCACUGAUUAGAAUGUGAGUUCAUUCGGCUGUUUCAUGAAAUCCGAGGAAUGGUUCAAAGGUAUUUCAUGAAAGGAAGACAGUUCAAACCAUUUCAUGAAUUACACGUCAUUACUUAGACUUCAUGAGUAUUUCAUCAAGUGUAAGCAAUGAUCUCAAGCAUUUCGUGAAACAUUAGAAGCCUAAAGCAUUUCAUGAGGUAAGAUAGGUUGAACAUUUCACGAAGUGCCCACAAACAAAACAUUUCAUGACAUGCUAGAAUGGUUUCGGAGCAUUUUGUGAUAUGUCAUUAUCUAAAAAUUUUUGUAAGAUUUCAAGAAAUGUAAAUAGUUUGAAGCAUUUCGUGAAAUAUAUUGACUACCAGGAUUGGGAACAAAUCCGAGACCUGAAAUGUCUGUAGAAGAUUCUUUAUAUUGUUUUGUACAUUCUGCUUAUCUGUGUAGAUCCUAAUUUUUGUAAUUUUGUAUUUUCUUUAUAUUAUUAAGUUUAGAUCUUAUUUAUUUCUUUUUCAUAACUGAAUUAUAUGAUGUUCAUUUACAAAUUUUAUGAUAGUAUUAAUUUAUAUACACUGAGUAUGAAGCACACACAUACAAGUCAUUAUACAAUGUAUAGUAGCAAAUACUGAUGUAAUUCAUCUCUCUCUCUCUCUCUCUCUCUCUCUCUCUCUCUCUCUCUCUGUGAAAAUGAAAUUCUUACAAAUCAUACUUACUGUAAUUAGAUACUGUAUACGGAAGCAUAAGUUAUUUAUUAUAAAGCUUAUUUUUUUAAGUUUAAUUCCUAAUUUUAUAUUUUUCAUUUAUCCAUCACUGAGGCAUGAAGAUAUAGAGUUAUAUGAGCAUUUGAAUUUUCUGUUGCUUUAUUGAAGUACUAUUUCAUUGGGCGGAUGAGAUGUGGCUCAACUUUUUUCAAUUUGACAUUCCUAAUUUCGACAAAUUUGUGGCAGUAGUGAUUCUCAGUUGCUUUUUCCUCUAAAUUCAAAUUUCUACUUAUUUUGUAAAAGGAAAUUCUGUUUUGUAAAAUCAGUUACUAUUAUAAUCCAUUGGUACAUGUACUAGAGUUUAUUCUGUAAUAAAGUAGGUUUU